CGGACGUGUGUGUGCGCGACCCGCCCGCCCACCUGAACCGCCGACCGUUAACCGACACGAGUGCGUAAGUUCGCGGCACAUCACACGGAGACGCCGAAUUUUUGUAUGAUUUUUAAUUUAUAGUUUAAUUGAAAAAAAAACCCGUUGCCGCAGACUAUCGGUCAAACGUCAUCGUCAGUGUAAUUUUUUUUUUAACCGAUUUUGUGUACAAUACAUAUAUAUAUAUAUAUAUAUAUAUGUAUAUAUAUAUCUAUAUUUGUAGAUAAUUUUUUAGUGUAUUUGUGUUUUGGUGCGUGAGUUCGAGUGCAUUAGCAAUAUAUCGUACUACAUUUGUAUUGUACCCGUGUAGAGUAAUCGUGAAUAGCGUGGGGAAGUGAGAGACAGCGCGACGAUGGUCUCGGGUAAAGGAAGGACGGCAGAAGCGGUAGUUUCGGGUCACUUGGAAAAUGUGAUUGAAUUUUCGGACGAGACCGUGACAACGAGACGGCUUAUUUGAAUGGCGCAUUCUUACAUCCGCAAGAUUGACAGCGCCCAACAGAAACGGCUCGUUUACCGUUUGUUAAACGAAUUUAAAAAUAAUAAAAACCAACGCCCCAACAACGACUACGAAAUCGACCAAUUGAUUUUCCUGUCAAUGUCGACUGCUUGAAAAAAAAAACAAUAUUAUCAUCUUAUUGUUUUACACACACUCGCCAAUAUACACUGGGUUGUGUUACGCGUAGUGUAAGUGGCAUACGCAAAACUAUGCGUGUGAGUAAGUUUUUUGUUUUUGGUCACUCGUCAAAAGUCUGACGGCGCACAUUCGGAUUGUAUUACGUGCGUUUUUCGCGGUUUUCCCAUACAAACGAUAACAUCGACCACUCAUUUGGUACUCUAAAACACAUUGUACCGACGUGGAUGACAUCAAAUGCCAAGACGAUGGCACUUGGAGUCCGAGGAAUAUUAUUUCGUCACCACGUGAUUUCCGAAAACAGUCGGAAAACCAAUGGGCUGUCAUUCGCCGGAGCUCACCCGGCCUAUCGGACCAUGUGCCGGCUAUAGCUGAACCGCUGACAUGGAGCCCGAACACAACCGGAACAUAGGCGGUGGCCGACCGACCGCGGCCGCCGUAAGCAGCAGCGAACAGCAAGCUGUGGAGGCGGCGCUCAAUGAAUUUAUUGAGAAAAUGACGCCCCGAAUCAACGUACUCGAGAACGAACUCGGAAACGCGUGGAGAUCGUUGGAGAUGGUUACGGACGACUAUGUUGUGCUGUGGAAUCGUAUAGAGAAAUUGGAUCAGAUUGUCCAUAACCAACACCUUUUCAUCGAACAAAUGAUCACCGAAUGUACGCAUUAUUCGACUCAAACAUACGCCGCCGAACCGGCAUUGAACUUCGGCGAUAGGUCGUCGUUGAGCAUGAUUUGGGAAGAGUCGGAGGGCAGCAGCAGCAACGGAGUCAAAAAAUCUUCGGAAAUAAUAAGUGACGGAGAUUACGGGGCGUACGCGGACCGUCUGUUAGACGACGACCCGGACAAACUGGACCCCGUGGAAUCGGCGAAAAAUCUUUUCGAGAACAUUGAACAAAUGGAGCGAAACAUGCGACAGUUGUACGCCGAGGCGCAGUUGGAUAGUUGGAAUGACGAGGCGGAAAGAGCGGCGGCUGCUCUGGACUAUUAUAAUCCUAUCGACAAACCCCUAACGGCGUCCAUAAGCAACAUACAACAACGAAUGUUGCCGUACACAUCUCCGUCCAUUCGAUCGCUUCCUGCUAUACCCAAAUAUGAGCAACCUGUUGAUUUCCGAUCUUCGUCGUUGUUUAUGGAUGACGUGCAGCAAGCUUCCUCGUACGUAGACGAUGGAUACAGGCCUCAAUCGCCGCCUAGUAGCCCACCUCCUCCGGCGCCCGAGGACCCCGUAUUUUCUAACUCACUCUCGUCUGCUCUAUCACUUAGUCUACGUCAGUUUCAUAGUUCUACCAAGGAGUUAAACUCGUUGCGCCAAUUUCAUAACUCCACUAGGGAAUUGCAUUCUCAGCAACAGUUACAGAAUUCCACCAAGGAACUCAGCUCAUUGCUUCAUGAUUCUUCAAAAGACACGAACACUUUACACCAGUUCCACAAUAAUUCCUUAAAGGAUUUGGACACGGUCCAUCAACUUAGAACCGGUGCUAUUGUUGCAACAAAUAAGUCUGAUUCAGGUUUGUCGUCAAUGAGCGGCGGGUUACUAUCAAAUCUUGAAAAGUCACCAUGCUCACCCGGCAAACGGGUGUUUGAUCAAUCUUAUCAAAUAUCAUUAGCUGGCCCGUCCGGACUAACGGUUGCGACAUGCGUAACCACUGCAUUCGACACGGACUUAGCGUAUUAUGAUCGAUCAACCGGUGUGUAUUCUACGGCGGGUCAAGGAUAUAGGACGUACCCGACGUCUUCCGCACACCAGUCCAUUUCAAAUGUGCCUGACUUAUUGGACGUGAUGUCGUAUAAGGACCUCCAAAGACCCAUGGAUCCAUCGUAUCCCGGAAUUACGGAUGCUUUGAGUUACUAUCCAAGCAGUAGUAACGAUACGCCAUACUACGAUAACACACAACACAGAGACAAUAGGCCAGAGAGUUCUCAAUCUCGGUAUAGGUAUGUAAAUACUCCAAAUUUUCAAAUACGCUGUGAAAACGACAGAACGUUACGAGAUGAAAAAGGUAAAAAAAUUAAACGUAACAUCAUCAAAUCUGCGAUGAGUUCGGUGAGUAGUUCAGUGAGCAAUUGGUUUCCUGACGUACAUCUGCCCCAACGACAUCGGUCGCAUUCUUUACCGGGUGGCCUAGAAAGAGAACAAGAUGAAGUAUCGGUGCAAAGUGAAACGGGUGGUUCUAUGAAACAACGAGGAUGGCUCGUUCAAAAACAACAUAAUCGCAAAAAGAAAAAAUCGAUUGUAUCCACCGUAUCGGGGCUACUACACAAAUCACCUAAACCUAAUCGGUUUCAGAGUUCAUAUUCUAUAUCGGACCCAGAGUUUGCCGAAAACGAAUGGACACGUAUACAAGCGGAGUCGGCAAACCAGGACCGGCCUUUACUGCCAGAACCGCCCGCUUUACCGGAACCGAGAAUCACCGUAGCAGAAUCGCCUAACCAGCCACAGGACUCAAGUAAUAGUGGAAUUCAGUUACCGGCCGAGAUGUUUAAUGGGCCAACUAAGGAAUUUGCAGUGUCCAGAGCUUUGAGCAAGUAUAGAGAACAUUUCAAACAUAGUAACGGAUCGUCGGAAAACGAACCUUCACCUCCUGUAGAAAAACGGAACAAAUUGCUCGAAGAACCGCAACAAAAUAAGUGUAACGAGGAACCAGCUGCGCCCGUGGUUAACAAUGUAAGAACCUAUAAAAUGGCCCCUCGUCAAGCCAGUUUAGAAGUGCCAUGGGCCAGUAAGGGUUCGGGAGACACGGAAGACGAUAGUCGGAGUAAUCACUCGUGGAGGAGCACGUCUAGAAUAUCUUCAAGAAGACAGAGUACCGAAGAGAGUAUUGACAGCGACGACGAAUGGUAUUGUUACGAAUUAAAACAGUUGGAAGAGUUAGAGAAAAAGACUCAUUUCGAACGCGUGUUUGGUCCAUCGAUGGCACCUCCUCCAACCACCCGACCCGAAUCGUCAGUUUUAGGAUCAAAAGCUGAUUUUAAGGAGAAAAUGUCCAGGGCUAUUGAGGACAUAAGAAAACAGUCGGUGGACGAGUCGUCUAACGAAGAUGCUUUCGAAUCUUUCGAGCAAGAACACCCGAUGCACCCGGUUUUUGAGGAAGAUAAACAGCAAGUUACGGGACCCAUUAAAUUCAAGAAAAUGAAAGUACCCGAUAGCGUUGGAGGAAAAAGAGACGACCCGGAGCUGGAACUGGAACCGGAACCGGAAUCGGAAGUAACCGACGAACAAAUGGCCGUCGAGGAGGACGAGACUCCCGGUACGCCGUCGUUGCCCAGAUUUAAAUUUGAUAAGAAUGAUUUAAUAGAAAAAGAGGAAAGUGGUAGCAAGUGGAAAAUCGUGAAAGCGCUCAAGGAAAAGAAACCUGAAGAACUGAAUCAGGAUAUUGGUCCUCCUCCCACUCCUACUGCUGAGAACGGAAGAGGAAGCGGCGAAAACCUUAGCAGAGCAAAUGGGCAUCCCGGAGACAAUCCGUUUUACAGCAAUAUCGACAGUAUGCCCGAUAUUCGACCCAGGAGGAAGUCUAUCCCUCUUGUUUCCGAAUUGACAAUGGCCGCUACGAAAAGAAAUGCAGGACUCGCAUCGGGAGUUCCUCGACCGACACUCAACGACGAAGAGUUGAAAAUGCACGUGUACAAAAAAGCUUUACAGGCCUUAAUUUACCCAAUAUCGUCAACGACGCCUCAUAACUUUGUUUCUUGGACUGCGACGUCACCAACGUAUUGUUAUGAGUGUGAAGGGCUAUUAUGGGGUAUUGCUAGGCAAGGAGUACGGUGUACUGAAUGCGGAGUCAAGUGUCAUGAGAAAUGCAAAGAACUCUUAAACGCCGACUGUUUGCAAAGAGCAGCCGAAAAGAGUUCCAAGCACGGUGCAGAAGACAAAGCAAUAUCAAUAAUACAAGCUAUGAAAGACAGAAUGUUGCAACGGGAACGAGACCACCCAGAAAUUUUCGAGCUUAUCAGAUCUGUGUUCGGAGUGGAGGAGAAAAGUCAUCAGGGUCAUAUUAAGGCGGUGAAACAAUCUGUAUUGGAUGGCACUUGCAAGUGGUCAGCAAAAAUUGCCAUCACAGUGAAAUGCGCUCAAGGACUUAUCGCAAAAGACAAAAGCGGUACGUCGGAUCCCUACGUAACGGUUCAAGUAGGUAAGGUAAAAAAACGAACGAGAACCAUGCCCCAAGAGCUGAAUCCCGUUUGGAACGAAAAGUUCUAUUUUGAGUGCCACAAUUCUUCGGAUCGAAUAAAAGUCAGGGUAUGGGAUGAAGACAACGAUCUAAAAUCUAGGCUUAGACAAAAAUUGACGAGAGAAUCGGACGAUUUUUUAGGACAAACGAUAAUAGAAGUUCGGACGUUAUCGGGAGAAAUGGAUGUUUGGUACAAUUUAGAAAAAAGGACUGAUAAAUCCGCUGUAUCCGGUGCUAUAAGAUUACAUAUCAAUGUAGAAAUCAAAGGAGAGGAAAAAGUCGCUCCUUACCAUAUCCAGUACACGUGUCUUCACGAAAACCUUUUCCACUCGUUGUGUGAAAAUAACGCUGGUAUAGUUCACUUACCCCAAGCCAAAGGAGAAGACGGCUGGAAAUUAUAUUUUGAAUCGCCCGCACAAGAUAUUGUCGACGAGUUUGCCAUGCGAUACGGCAUAGAAUCUAUAUAUCAAGCUAUGACGCACUUCCACUGUCUUUCCACAAAAUACCUCUGUCCUGGCGUUCCUGCGGUAAUGAGCACACUGUUGGCCAAUAUCAACGCGUAUUACGCACAUACUACCUCUAGUUCGGCUGUCAGCGCCAGCGACCGUUUUGCUGCGUCAAACUUUGGGAAAGAAAAAUUUGUUAAGCUGCUUGAUCAACUUCACAAUUCUCUGAGGAUAGACUUAUCGAUGUACAGAAAUAAUUUUCCAGCGUCAAGUCAGGAAAAACUGAUGGAUCUCAAAUCUACGGUCGAUCUACUGACCAGCAUCACGUUUUUCAGAAUGAAGGUCCAAGAGCUGUCGAGCCCUCCGAGAGCUAGUACCGUCGUAAAAGAUUGCGUAAAAGCAUGUCUUAGGUCGACUUAUCAAUUUUUGUUUGCUAAUUGCUACGAUUUAUACGGCAGAGAAUAUCAGACUGAUCCGAACGAAAAACGAGAUGAAGAUACCGGGCCGAAAUUAGACGACUUAGGUUUCUGGGAUAAACUCGUUGCGCUCGUCGCUUCUGUGAUCGAAGAAGAUAGGAAUAGCUACGCUCCUGUUCUAAGCCAAUUCCCGGCAGAACUGAAUAUAGGACAGCUGUCUGCAGCCACGAUGUGGAGCUUUUUUGCUGUGGACAUGAAAUACGCCUUAGAAGAACAUGAAACGCAUAGACUAUGUAAAACUUCCGCCUACAUGAACCUUCAUUUCAAAGUAAAAUGGCUGUUUACCAAUUACGUUAAGGACGCGCCGCCAUACAAAGAUGCGAUACCAGAGUAUCCAUCGUGGUUUGAGCCGUUUGUAAUGCAAUGGCUCAACGAGAACGAUGACGUGUCUCUGGAAUAUUUGCACGGGGCUUUUAACAGGGACAAAAAAGACGGGUUUCAAAGAAGUUCGGAACACGCGUUGUUUUCCAACUCGGUGGUGGACGUGUUUACUCAACUUACACAAUGUUUUGGAGUCAUAUCCAAAUUGCAAUGCCCCGAUCCCGAAAUAUCCAAUCGCUACAUGAAACGACUUGCAAAAACUAUUGUUAAAGUGUUAUUAGCAUAUGUGGACAUAGUUCAAAAAGAAUUUGACGCUAAAGAAUUAGAUGAGAGAACAGCAUGUAUACUGAUGAACAAUAUUCAGCAGCUGAGAGUACAGCUGACAAAGAUGUUCGAGUCUAUGGGAGGAAAGCAACUCGAGGAAGACGCCACAGAUAUUUUGAACGAUUUACAGACGCAGCUUUUGAAGGCGUUAGACGAUCUUGCGGGCAAAUUCGGAAAGAGUUUGGAACCUCAAAUCAAGAAAAGUGUCAAAGAACUUGGCGAACUCCUACAAAGCAUUAAAGGGGGUAGUCAAAACCCACAGCAAGUAUCCAUGAUGGAGGUGGACGAAAUUUUACGACCAUUGAUGGACCUUAUGGAUGGAUCUUUAUCACUAUUUGCUCAAACUUGUGAAAAGCCAGUGUUGAAACGAAUUCUUAGGGAGUUAUGGAAACUCGUUAUACGAAUUUUAGAAAGAUCAGUAGUGUUACCACCUAUGAUGGACAAAAGCAUGAUACUGAAAAAUCUAAGUGAAAAUGCAAGGUCCUUGGCGGCCAAUGCAAGAAUUGAAGAUAUGUCUAGACUGAUCCGAAACCAUAUGGCUGGAAAACAAGACGUAAAAAAUGCUUUAACUGGCGUUAUGGACAUGGAAAAGAAUUUGAACACAAAACAAUGUAGAGUUUUGGAAGCUGCGUUGAAGACCAUCAAAACGUAUUUCCACGCCGGAGGAAACGGUCUUAAGAAAAAAUACUUAGACAAAAGUUCGGACUUACUUUCUCUGUGUUAUGCCCUCUCGCUGUAUACCAGAUCAACAGAUGAAUUAAUCAAAACGUUUGUCUUGACACAGUUGCACCAAGUACCACAGAAAAACGACCCCUUACCUCGACAACCAUCACUUAUGAGUGGCACAGAAGUUAAAGAUGAAAUGGACGAAAUGGAUUACGACGAAGAUGACGAAACGGAAGAGGAAGAAGCUCUAGACGAAGCAGAAGAAGACGUCAAAUCCAUGGGAAGUCGUAUGGAAAAACUUUUUGAAAUCUCUAGAAGACCAUUGCAAGAAAAUUACGUCUAUGAAGAACCGUACGGAGAAAUUUCAAUUAAUGUGUAUAUUGAAACGCAUCCUACUAACAAUGAAUUCAAACUAACAGUAACAGUGGUCGCCGCUAAUACUUUGGUGUGGCCAACGACCGGAAUGUUUCGUCCGUUUGUCGAAGUCAACCUGAUCGGACCAAGACUGGCGGACAAAAAGAGAAAGCAAUCUACCAAAAGUAAAUCGGGCAGUUGGAGUCCCAGAUAUAACGAGGCGUUCGUUUUCUCAAUUAGCGCUUUGGAAGAACUGGAAUGCUACGAAUUGCACUUUUGCGUGAAAGACUACUGUUUCGCUAGGGAAGACCGACUGGUUGGAGUGGCCGUUUUGCAGAUGCGUCACGUUCCCAUAAUGGUCCGGACGGGCGAAUGGUUAGGACUAGGUCGGCGCAUACAGAUGAACGAGACGGGAUGGACGAUUCUAAGAAUAUUGUCACAGAGGUAUAACGACGACGUGGCUAAAGAAUUCGUCAAGCUCAAAUCUGAAACCAGACAAGAAGACCAAUCGUCCGUGCAGGGAAAUUAAAAAUCUUUAAAAAAAAACCUCUCGGGGACAUUCAUCCUUUGGCAGUCUUCCAUUUUGGUUAGAUCUUCAUGAACUUUUUUUAGGACAAUUUUUAAGUUUAAAAAAAGAUUACAAUUUUUAAAAAAAACCCGUACGAUGAGUUGUGAAUUCGGUACGUACUGGGUGUUGUUAAAUAUUAUUUUACAUACCAUGUUCAAAAUUUGUCAAACCGGUAAUUUUUUCUGUGAAUUAAAUAUUUUAACAAAACUAAGUUUCGUAUAUAAUCUUUAUUAUUACAACUAAAUAAAAUAUUAAGAAUAUUUUUAAAAAAAAAUCUAAAAACCGAAUUUUCAGAGAUAGUAAUGAAAAAUAUGACUAGUCUACAAGCCAAAUUAUAAUAAAUAUUUUUCGACGAACACAAUACUCAAAUAUUUUUUUCCUUCUACACACAACACAUAAACCGACUAUAAACCGACAUGUAACUCGAGAGUAUUUAUAUUAGUAGGUUUUACGGUAAUACAAUAUAUAACUCUGGCAAUUAAAUAAGUCGCACUUUGAUUAUUAAAUGUAACUUUCCCAGACUACGCCUUUAAUUGAUAUUUUUAUAUUGAAUAUAAACAAUUAUUUUUAAAGUCUUGUUAAAAUUAAUUUUAUAUAUAAACAUUUUUUUAGCAAACAUUGUUGUAUCACAUACAUCAUUUUACCGGUUUGUGAAAUUUUGAAUACCUUGCGUAACACGGAAACAAUAGCACAGGUCAUUUGAGUCACUUUUAAAUUUUCUAACCGACGAAUUCCGGGAAGAAAUCCAUCAAAGUACACAUAAAGUAUUACAUAAAACGUUUUCAAUUAAUAUUAACGGGACCAUUGUAAUAAAAUAUAUUAAUGAAUUAUUCAACAUAGUUAGGCGCUGGCUCAGUUGUACAGAAGUGUAUGUAGUAUAUUAGGCGUAAUGUUAGAGGGGAGGGUUGCCUAGUAAGAAAACACCACUGUAUUAUAAAAUAUAUUAAUCGACCAUCUAUAAAUUCAUGAUAUAUAUUAUAUUAUUCUAAAACUGUCCAAGUGCAGUCUACAUAAAAUUCAUUCGUCGAUAACAACCAUAAUAAAGAUAUGGACUUGAGGUGUAGCCAUGUAAUUUUACAAAAACUACCUUUAAAAUACUAAAUUGUAAUUUAUUGACAAACAGUAUGAUGCAUCAAUAACGGGCGUUGGCGAAUAAUAUGUUUUCAUAAUUUAUUUAUAACCCCAUUAGAUUGACGAUUUCUGUUUGUUUUGUUACUGGUAUGGUAAUCAAUCGAUUGAAACAUUAUCUGUACUGUUGUCGAAAGUUAAGAAUGCAAAACAAAUAUCGAUAGCUUGCAUUGAAAAAAUGUUACUAGUAUGGUUGUACUCAAUAUAUUUAUCUACUCUUACCUUUUAUGUUGAGUAUGAUUUGUAUUAAUAACGAAACAUCUUUAUACGCUAUAAUACAUUAUUCUAAAUGCUUACAAAUAUUUCAGCAAAUUUUCUCUUAUAUUUUUAGCUCUAUAUACGUGUACACAAUAUGUUAAAUCAUAUUGACAAAUAACGUCUUCCAUUUUUAUCAUUUUUUUUUUAUUUGUUGUAUUAACUUCCUAUUUUAACACAUUGUUUCGCUCUCGUUUCUACUCAUUGCUCGUUCUCAACAUUUACUUUGAAUAAUCAUUUGUAUCCUCGUCUUCAUACUUAUAAUUAUUAUUUACAUUAUAACCGUGAACGAAGCAGUUCUACUGGCAGUGGUACUCCUCUUCAUCUCCACCGUAUAGCAUAUAAUAUUAUAAUAAGUCAAAGUUCGGGUUUCAAUUAAAUAACACGUUUCGCCAAUUUCUUUCCCGAGUGGCAGAUACAAAUUUCGGAAUUUUGUGAUGAAAUCCUAUUUUGUUCUACUUCAAUUUUAUUUUUUUAAUACUUCCAUCCCAAUACCCGAAAAUUAUUACUAUUGGCCAAAAGGGUUACACUUGUUUUGUCAUUUAUUUUUAGCCACAAAUUCUUUAUGUAUUUUAUUCGAAUUCUUUACAAAUAUUGAUUCGUUACUUUUACAACAUUACUACAACGCAUCGUCAGAUAAUACUUUCAAAUUAAUUUAUACAAAUGUGAUAAACAACAAUUCAAGAUCAUUCAAUUUUUUUUGGUUUUUGAAUAUUUAUGAAUGCAUUGUGUAAAAAAAAUAUUUUAAUGAUUUUUACUGUACGUGUAUAAAUUAUGUAUGAAAAAAUAGAUAUUAAGCGAAACGAAAUGUACUGUAAUCUUUAUGUGUAAUGCGCUGAUGACCUAUACAUAAUGGUAAAAAACCUAUUAACCUUACUAUGUAUUAAAAUAUUAUUUAAAAAGUUACCUCCCUAUAUCCUGCCCGAAAUACUCAUUAUGUUAUUAUUUAUAGCUAUUAUUUUUUAGACCUAACCUACCGUACCAUACAUAUCGAUUGAUUAUUACAACUUUUCUUUUUUUUAGCUGGUUCAAUAUUUUUAUUAUUAAUUUCAUAAUAUUAUCUAAUCAAUGUAUGUAAGUUCAAAUAAAGCGGUCUUUAUUUUUUAUAUUAUAUACGAAUAUUAUACAUAAAUAUUGUGUGCACACAAUAUUAAUAACCUAGAAAUUAAAUAUUUUAGUCGAAUCUAUUAAGCUAAACGACUUUAGAUUGUUGAAAAAAAUGUAAAAAAAAAAAAUUUACUACAUCGACAUUAUGAUUAACCAGGGUAAACGUAUUAAGCAAUGUGUUGUUUUUGUAUUAAUAUUUUAUUGUAAUUAUGCACUUAUAAAAAUAAUUUUUUUAAUUUUUUUUUUUAUUUAUAAAUAUAACAUGUAUACCAAAAAUCGGUUUCUAUGAACGUGAAAAAAAAAGUGAGACAAUACGAUAAUAUUGUUUAAACCGAAAAUUAACCGUGUUACUACUGCCCUUGUAACGCCUUACUUCGACAAAUUAACUUCGAAACGGUGUUUAUAUAAUAAUUAUUAUUAACUUGUUUAUGAUCCUUUAUUAUCUUAUAGUGUACCUUCUUGAAAUUAUUGUUUUUGUUUUUAUUUUAAACAAAUAAGUUACUAUAUAUAUAUUAUUAUUAUUAUUGUUAUAACAAAAUUGUUUUGCUACACGAAAUCAACAAUAAUACCUAAUCAUUAUUUAUAUUUAAGCUAAAUAAAACGCGCUUUUUUGUUUUUAUAUACAACUUUAUAUAAUUUCACUAAGUCGACAUUUUUUUGUUACGGGCCGUGGUUUUGCAUUAUCAUGUAUCAUACAACGGCACGGCCAGUAAAUGAGGGGAGAGGGUUAUAAUAUUCCUCUAGAGCUGUUUUAUUUUUCAUGUAAGCAAAGUUUUCUCCUUUUCUAACGCAUUAGCUUUAGAUGUACUGUUAUUUAAACGUCCUAACCCCUCUUAAAAAUGAUCCUGGCGUUGCCACUUAUUGUACAGAAAUAUGGUUUUAUAAUUCUAUGAUAGUAUAUAUGCUUUUGUAUUUGGUCAACACUUAUAACUAUGGUCUGUGAAUACAAUUUUAAUUGAUCCAAAAUUGUCUUUUUUAAUUCAUAUCUUUCAUAUUUUUAAAACAUAAUAUAAUAUAUAAUAAUGUGUAUAAAGAAAAAAUG